AUGGGCAUUUUCCGAAAGGUCUUCAUGAGCGCUGCAGGAAUCCGUGAAGAGAACCAGGGACCACAGAAUGCCCACAACGAGCACUUGACUCCUGACCAAGUUAAGCGAAUUAUGGAUACCAGAGGACGAUACAGUGGAAUCCCUGCCAUCCCCACCGACAUUGGCUUCAGCGGUGGAAAAGACAUCGGAGGUAAGAAGAAAAACGGUGUUCUCUCCCAAGUGACCAGCAAUCCAGGAGUUGUCCUGGGUAUGGGUCUCACCACUCUCGCCUUACUUGGCAUGUUCAGGUCUUCCUUCAAAGGCGACAAAAUGGGCGCACAAAAGUACAUGCGAUACAGAAUUUUGGCUCAGUUCUUUACCGUUACAGCAUUGGUAGCAGGAGUAACCAUCUUUGGAGCCACAUACAAGGACGAGAGUCUUGAGGCUAAAAUGACGCCGGCUGUGAUGCUACAGAAGCAGUGA